AUUCUGUAUCGUGUUUGCAUUCGCGCUAAGCUAUAUAAAGGUUGUACGUGUUGUCGAGGAGCGGAUACCGGGUAACUCCUACUCUUAGGCCUAGUAUCAGAUUAGAAUCUAUUUGCUGUUGUUACAUAUAUGAUAUAGUAAAAUGGCACAUGCUUCAAAUGAUGACUUCAGCGGCUACAGACAGAGGAUUACACCUGAGUACAUUGAGAAACAGAAGAAAAGAUUGUUGGAGCUAAAAGAAGAAAUUAGAACAAAACCAGACGAAUCAAAGGACAAUUUGAUAAAACUGCUACCGACAUUAAUGGAACUUGGUAUUGAUAAUGGUGGAAUGAGUUACCAGAUGGUGGAUGAGCGGAGAAGCAGACUUGAUUCUUAUCAGACAACGUUAAACGAGAUUGAUGGGUUUCCUUUGCCUGACUUUAAUGACAGGGAACGGAGGGAAACCUAUUGCGAAAGUGUAAGUAAAUGGUUCACUAAGAAAUAUAAGAAUAUCAAACAACUAUUCUUUGGAGGAAACAUGACUGCUGAGGACAGUGAAGAUGUCUAUAAUGAAGUGUGGAAUAAACUUCAGCGAGAAGAAGUACAGAGUGCCCUUGAAUACCUUAAAACCCAGGUCCGUGACUCCAGACAAAAGUACCUGAAACUAGCCAUCACAAGUCAAGCUCGAUCGUGCUUUCUCGCUUUUGGUAUGUUUCUUUUUGAGAUGUACACCACCCAUGAAGCCAUUGGUGAUUUACACAAUAAAUUAACUGGUAGAGUUGACCAGCGAAUAACCGAUGUUAAGAAAGAAAUAGAGGAGCUAAUUAAGGACACAAAGCAAUGCUCAGAUAACUUUAAAAAGACCGGGAAACCGUCGAUUCCAUUUGACUCAUUGAUUGGUGACUAUAACCGUGUGAAACAGAAGAUAGAACAAUUAGCACGUGACCUUUUAGGCAUGCAAAGUGAGAUGAAACAAGGAAGAAUGAAGCAUGGGUUUGGUGCAGCAGUAAAUGGUAUGGAAACUUACAAUGCUUACCAACAAGCAAAGAUGUCGAUGGAGUACCUACCUGGGUGGUGGAAAGUAUUGGCUGUCGCAAUUCCUAUAGCCCGUGGUAUAAUGACUAUGGGUCAUGGGAUAUCUGCUGUCCAGUGUCAUCAAGCGCUACAGGCAAUAGCUGAACGACUAGAUGAGACCGAUAAACUUAAACAACUGCUGGAGGACGGUAUGAAAAUAUUGGAUGAACUUUUGGACAAUGCCUUGUUGAAAUGUACAUGAUGGACGAGAUGGACUUCAGGAGAAGGCCAUAAGUAAAACGCACUCGCGAAUAAUUUUGAAGAAAUUAAAACAAUUUUACCAGCAAUCAAAAUACAAGAGGAUAAUAACAAAAUAAUCAUGUUAUCGUGGGGAAAAACUAAUCACAAAUAUUUUUGAAAUGUUCAACAUUUUUAAGAAAUAUUAAUUGCUGUUAUAUGCUGCUCUAUAUAAGUUGCAGCUAAUGUAUGUGUGUUUGGGGGGGGGUUUGUUUGUGUGUGCAAGUCCGAUUUUGUUUCACGGUAAUUCAAGAGCCACUUUGCACAGCUAUAUGAACACCAUACCUGAUUGUUGGUACAAACGUUUGUAUAAUAUUUAAUCUGUUUUAGCAUUUUAAUUGCAUCUGUCUGCUUGCUGUGUGUAGAUUAGUAUCUGAAAUUACAUUAAUUAACAAAUUUGAUUAA